UUUGUCCGUCUCAUAAUUGGGGGUAGCAUCUAUUCUCUCUCUCUCUCUGAUUAUGAUCCAUAGAGAAUUCUAAAAUCAAUUCAUCAUCAUUUAUAUUCUCUCAAAGACAUGGAAGAAGAAAGAGAGCAUGGUGGAAGUGGAAGAACAGUGUGCGUGACAGGGGCUUCAGGGUUCAUAGGCUCAUGGCUUGUGAUGACUCUUCUUCAACGUGGUUAUCAUGUUAGAGCCACUGUUCGCGAUCCUGAUAACAAGAGCAAGGUAAGUCAUCUUCUAGACUUGCCGAAAGCAGGAACACACCUAACCCUGUGGAAAGCAGAUAUAAUGGAGGAGGGAAGUUUUGAUGAUCCAAUUCAUGGUUGUGAUGGUGUCUUCCAUGUUGCCACCCCUACGGAAUUUAGUUCCAAGGAUCCUGAGAAUGAAGUAAUUAAACCAACAGUGAAUGGGGUUUUGAACAUCAUGAGAUCAUGCUCCAAAGCCAAAACUGUGAAGAGGCUUAUCCACACCUCAACCACUGGAACUGUUGUCAUCCAACCACAACCCCAACCCCAACCUGAACCUGAUCAGUAUGAUGAGAGUUUUUGGACCGACAUCAAUUUCUGCAAGGCUCAAAAGAUGACUGGAUGGAUGUAUUUUGUGGGGAAAACAAUGGCCGAGAAAGCUGCUUGGGAAUUCGCUGAAGAGAAUGGGCUUGAUCUCAUCACCAUUCAACCCUCUAUUGUAAUAGGGCCUUUCAUCACGCCUUCAAAGCCUCUCAGCAUUGAACUGUCAAUUGCCUUAAUCACUAGAAAUGAACGACUUUAUCCAAUGCUAACUCGAGCACGGGCCGUUCACGUGGUUGAUGUAUGCAAUGCUCACAUAUACCUGUUGGAGCAUCCGCAAGCCAAAGGAAGAUACAUCUGCUCGUCUCACUGUUUUACCAUAUUUGAUCUCUCAAAAUCCCUCAGUCAAAAAUACCCAGAAUUCAACAUACCAACCAAGUUUGAGAGUGUUGAUGAAUCGUUGAAACCUAUCCCUGCCUCGUCGAAGAAACUGUUGGACCUAGGAUUCAAAUUUAAGUACAACUCGGAUGAGUACGAUGUGGGAGACUUGUGCAGUGAAGCCAUUGAAACAUGUAGAGAAAAGGGGAUGUUGAAACUAUAGGGAGCAAGAAAUUAAAAAGCCAACAUUAGGAUUUAAAAUUUAUAAUACGCAAAUCUAUGUUUGAUAUGGUUGCUGAUUGAUCAGUGUGCUUUCUUGUUACUCCAAUAAUAAUAGGGAAAUUGCAUUUAAGUUGGAAAUUUCAAAGUCA